AUGGCUAGCGAUACCAUCGAGGAGGAGCCAACGAAGGCUCCUCAAGUCAAUGUCGAUCCUACAGCGAACGACCCUAAGGCUUACUUGAGCGAUCAGGAUGAAGCAGGGAAGGUAGGCUCUUUCAGAAGCAGCAAGUUUGAUUACCAUUUUGUUAAUGCGUGUUUGACACAGUUUCUGCAAAACUACGAUGUAGCUUCAAUCACGGCUUCAGCAACAGACAGCGACUACAGCGACAUCGUCCGCAAGCUGGACAGGCUCGUCCUACCGCUCCUUUUCGGCACCUACGCGCUUCAAUGUAUUGACAAAAGUUGUCUUGGAUAUGCCUCAGUCUUCACAUUGAGUAAAGACCUGGGCCUCGUUGGCAAGCAAUAUUCAUGGCUAUCCUCGCUCUUUUACUUCGGGUACCUGGUCUUUGAGUAUCCGACGACACUGUUAUCUCAGAAAUUUCCAAUAGGUCGCUUCAUUGGCGUUGCCAUCGUGCUCUGGGGUGGAAUUCUUAUUGCAACGGGAGGCGCUCAAAAUUUUGCUGGCAUGGCUGUUCUACGGUUCAUUUUGGGUGGUUUCGAAUCACUGAUCACUCCAACCUUCGUUCUCAUCAAUGGCAUGUAUUACACGAGGAAGGAGCAAGUCCUGAGAACCGGUGCCUGGGCCUGUGCCAACGGAUUCGGAUCAAUGAUCGGAGGUAUUGUCGCUUAUGGCAUGGGGCAGGUCAACGCAGGUGUUCCCGGUUGGAAGGGAAUUUUGAAUCGACAAUUCAAAUGGAACCAAGUUCAGGAAGCCCUCAACCCGUUCAGAGACCCUCAAGGGUUGCUUUUAUUCUUGACGAUUUUCUGCAAUGAAGUCUUGAACGGCGGAUUUGGAGCGUUUGGCACUCUUACAAUCCAGAGUUUCGGUUUCGACUCUCUUCAGUCGACUCUCAUCUACAUUCCGCAGGGAUUUAUUAACAUGGUUUGCAUUCUUUUCGGGGGCUGGCUUGCACAAAAGCUACCGAAUGCUCGUAUCUAUGUUUGCAUUGGCAUGUUGGUUCCUACCUUCGUUGGACUUCUCCUGCAGAUUGUACUCCCAAGGUCAAAUGUAGCCGGACUACUCAUUGGAGUAUAUCUAUUUCCGCCCUUUGCUACCUGUCUCUUCAUCGUCCUUUCCCUUCCCGGAGUGAAUAGCUCUGGAUACACAAAGCGCAUUACACUAUCCUCCUAUGCCUUCUUUGGAUAUGCGCUGGGCAACAUCACCGGCCCCUUCACGGUUAAGCCAGGCGAGACACCUGCUUACCGAUCAGUUUUCAUCGCAGACAUCAUAUGCAUUGGGCUACAAGGCAAGUACUAUGUUUUACCGUAUAUGUUUGGAUGGCAGAGAUACUAA